ACAAGAACCGUGAUGAGCGGAAUCUUUAUCCUAUCGACUAAUAUCCCGGAGAGGUAAAGCAACAUCGACGGCUUGUUUUUCAGGGUCUUGCGCGCGUAUUUAGGCCCAAUCUAUACGGAGAACCCCUCAAGGCCAAUCCACGAUUUCCAGACCACUAUCAGGCCCCCAGUUCCAGAGUUAUAAUUUGUCAAGCUGGAUGAUCGCCAAGUCGAUCCCCGCGAACUAUCACGGGCGAUGACGUCUCGGGGAGAAAAUCGGAAUGGUCACAACAAUACAACCUCAAGGGUGGCACAGGCUCACCUCAGCUCAGCCCUGUAGGGACGGACUCCAAAAUAAGACCGUAUUAUUUCAGCCGGACUGGAUUCACAGUGACAAUACCCAGUUAUGCACACGCUGAAUCCGCCGAUUCGCGACGGAGUGAGAAACCUAUCAUUUUCGGGGCCGGCGGAAGGGUUCAAGCCAAUUGAUGGCUGAUAUAGCUAGCUCCACUAGCUUCCUCUCCACUCGCUGCGCCAUGAUUCACGGUUCCCGGGAAUGAUCCGAGUCCGUUCAGUUUGCACAUGUAUUUGCCAAGAUGUGAACGAGAGCGUACGAGGUGAGCUUCCCAAAGUCUUGGGGGCUUGGCUAAGCUUCCGGCGUCCCCGGCCUGCAUAAAUAACAAUCCAGACACCCCCCCUCGCUGCGACUGCCCGUAGCUUAUCCCCGGAUUGUGAGGCAUCCUUCGUUGAGUGAACCCUUCAAACCCCAGAGAAGAGAAGAUUGCUGCCAACUAUCAUGAAAGUCGCUGGACUCGUCUCCAGCCUGGCGCUGGCCCUUCCUGGUGCCAUUGCAGCUCCGGGUGCGAUCGACCCCUACGAGUUUUCGCUUGCUCUCGCCGGCAGAGCCCUACCCAAUGCGCCCGAUGGAUAUACCCCGACCAACGUGAGCUGCCCAGCCAGUCGCCCGACGGUGCGCAGUGCCGCCAAGCUGUCCCCGAAUGAGACGUCAUGGCUGGAGACUCGUCGCAAUAAGACUUUGUCGGCUAUGAAGGAUUUCUUCGGUCAUGUCAAGGUCGGCGAUUUCGAUGUGACCUCGUACCUGGACAAGCACGCGAGCAAUUCCUCUAAUCUGCCGAACAUUGGUAUUGCCGUGUCUGGGGGUGGUUACCGCGCGUUGAUGAACGGUGCUGGUGCUAUCAAGGCCUUUGAUAGUCGCACGAAUAAUGCAACUACCAGUGGUCAUCUGGGCGGCUUGCUACAGUCGGCUACCUAUCUGGCGGGUCUCAGUGGUGGUAGCUGGCUGCUGGGUUCGAUCUACAUUAACAACUUCACCACCAUCUCAUCGCUGCAGACGCAUACGGAUGGUGCCGUGUGGCAGUUUGGCAACUCUAUCCUGGAGGGCCCGGAUACCGGCGGUAUUCAAAUUCUGGAUUCGGCCAGUUACUACAAGGACUUAGCUACUGCUGUUGAUGAUAAGAAGAAGGCUGGCUUUGAUACCUCCAUCACUGAUAUCUGGGGCCGAGCUCUCUCCUAUCAGAUGUUCAACGCGAGCGAUGGCGGUAUUGAAUAUACCUGGUCGUCCAUUGCCGAGACCCAAGACUUCAUUGAUGGCAACUACCCCCUGCCUCUCGUCGUUGCAGACGGUCGUAAUCCCGGCGAGAAGGUGGUCGGUAGUAACUCGACCGUGUAUGAGUUCAAUCCUUGGGAGUUUGGCACCUGGGACCCGACAAUCUUCGGCUUCGCCCCUCUCAAGUACCUUGGAUCACGAUUCGUGGGAGGCUCCCUCCCCAGCAACGAGAGCUGCAUUGGCGGUUUCGACAGCGCCGGCUUCAUUAUUGGAACCUCUUCCACCCUGUUCAACCAGUUCCUGCUCCAACUCAACACCACCUCACUCCCCACCUUCGUGAAGAAUAUCUUCACCGAUAUUCUGGAAAAGCUAGACAAGGCCGAUCAAGAUAUCGCAUCCUACGAUCCCAACCCCUUCUACCACUACAACAACGACACAUCCCCCUACGCCCUCCAAACCGAACUCGACGUCGUCGACGGCGGCGAAGAUCUACAAAACGUGCCCCUCCACCCCCUCAUCCAACCCGUGCGCAACGUCGACGUGAUUUUCGCCGUCGACUCCUCCGCCGAUACAACCUACAGCUGGCCCAACGGCACAGCUCUAGUCGCUACCUACGAGCGCAGCCUGAACAGCUCCGGCAUCGGCAACGGCACCGUCUUCCCCGCCAUCCCCGACCAAAACACCUUCGUCAACCUGGGCCUCAACACACGCCCUACCUUCUUCGGCUGCAACAGCUCUAACCUCACCGGCCCAGCACCUCUGGUCGUCUACGUCCCCAAUUACCCGUACUCGGCCAUGUCCAACGUUUCCACCUUCACCCUGUCUUACAACGAUACCCAGCGCGACGAUAUCAUCCUUAACGGAUACGAGGUCGCGACUAUGGCCAACAGCACCCGUGACGGAAACUGGACUGCCUGCGUGGGUUGUGCCAUUCUUGCACGCUCCUUCGAGCGCACCGGUACCACCCUCCCGAGUAUUUGUACCCAGUGUUUCUCGAACUACUGCUGGAACGGAACUACCAAUUCGACUCAGCCCAAUGCAUUUGAGCCUACGACUUUGAUGACUGCCAAGUCGAGUGGGGCGGGUGCUUUGAUGCCGACGUUGUUGACCGCUGCUUUGGCCAGUGGUGUUGCGUUGUUUACGUUCGCUUAAUUGGGGCAGGUUGCAUAGUUGAAGGGGUUUGCCUCAUUUUUUUUUUCUCACCGCUGCUUUCUCUUGACGCUUUCAUGAUGUUACUGGGAGCCAUAAUGACAUAUUCCCUUACUUUUGAUGCUACACACUGAUUGUAUUUUUACUCGGGGUUGCAUAUCAAAUAUCAAAAUCCAACGCGUUCUGUUUUGAUUACUUUGGGGCUUUGGAAGUAUGGUGUAGCUGAGUCAAGUAGGGUCAACUAA